AUUUCUUUUGUGCUUGUUAUAAUUAUUCCAGAAAACGUUGAACGCUCCACUACAUUAAGAUGUCAGACUUGGAGAACUGCCUGGGAACCAUCAUUGAGGUCUUCCACAAAUACUCGUCCAAAGAAGGUGACAAGUACAAAUUAAAAAAGACCGAACUGAAGGAGCUGCUCACAAAUGAAUUUCCGACUCUUACUGAGCAUGUGAAAGAUCAAGCAACAAUGGACGGUUUGAUGGAAAGCUUGGACACCGAUGGUGACUCAGAGUGUGAUUUUCAGGAGUUCAUGACCUUCAUCACCAUGGUUACCAUCUGUUGCCAUGAGUUUUUCGAACACCAUGAAGACGAAUGAGUUGAAUUUAAUACAGCAAGUUCAGGUUUUGUAGUUUAAUAAGUCACAAUACAUUCCUCCUCUUAAAGUUUGCUUUGAUCUUUAUCAUAUCAUAUUAGGAUUGCUUUUUUUAGGAUUGAUUUGUUUGGAAAGAAUAUAAAUGCAGCUUGUACAAUAGUUUGUUUGGUUUAUUUUGCUAGACUUAAAACUUGUUCAUAAUUUAUUACAAAACAUGUUUCUAUUAUUUUGCCUAGGCAUUUUUUUUUCUUCCAAGACAUCCCCAUCAUAAAUCUCAUCGAGUGAAAUGCGGACCAGGUGUCGUGCUCUUGCCAUUUCAAUUCCAGGCUGAUUGUGAAAUAUGUUUUUUUUUUUUUUCUGAUUAGCUUCAGACUAUUAGGCUGCUAUUGACUUACAUCAGAUUGUUCCCGGGGCCUGAGACAAAUCACACUGUGCUUUUAAAAGACCCACCAUAGACAAUUAUUCUUCUGAAAAUA